AUGGCGGCGGCGGCGGCGGCGGCAGUGGACCCUACUCCGGCCUCCCAGCGGGCGCUGGUGGUCAAGGACAAGCCCCAGUACAGCAAUCCCCGGCCGGGCUUCAAGGGCGGGCCCCGGAACGGGCACUGGGGCGCCGAGCUGGACCCGGGCUUCGCCACGGCGAAGUCGGCCGUCGACGGCGCCAUCGCGUCCAUCUGGGCGACGGGGACCUGGGAGGCCUUCCGCCAGGCGUGGCUCGCGCCCGUGCCCGUGCCCGACGACUGCCCGCAGCCCGGCCGCGACGUCGAGCAGUCUUUGCGCGCCGUGCCCGUCCGCGACGGCGCCGAGGUCGAGAUCCAGAUCUCUAGGAAAGUCGGCGACCCGGCCCCGCCCGGCGGCAAGGUCCUCGUGCUGAGGACGCACGGCGGCGGGUGGGCGACGGGCGGCCACGCGACCGAGAUGGUGGAGAACUUGAAGACGGUGGGCGUGGGCGGGCUCGUCAUGGUCAGCGUUGACUACCGGCUUGCGCCGGAGUACCCAUUCCCUUAUGCGGUCAAUGAUGCGUUUGAUGUGCUCAAAUGGUGCAAGGCCCACGCCUCGGAGCUGGACGUCAACCCAGAGAAGAUCAUCCUGCUGGGAGGCAGCGCUGGUGCCAACAUGUCCAUCGUCCUGAGCCUCAUGGCCCGCGAGGAGGGCGUCACGGGCAUCAUCGGCCAGGUGCUCGACUACCCGACCUCGUGCCACCCCAAGUUCUUUCCCAAGGACAAGUACGAGCUCGAGAGCUACGACCAGCACUACGACGCCUCGGUCGUCAACUCGCUCCUCAUGGAGACCUUCCUCGACGCGUACGACCCGGACCCCAAGCCCGACUGGCGACACUCGCCACUGCUCGUCGACUCGUGCAAGGGCCUGCCUCCAGCUUUCGUCCAAGUCGCCGGUGCCGACCCUCUGCGCGACGAGGGCAUCGCCUGGGCGGAGCGCCUCGAGGCCGACGGCGUCCCCGUCGAGCUGCACGUCUACAAGGGCCUGCCCCAUUUCUUCUCUGCCGUCGUCGCGACGCUGCCUCAGACCAAGCUGUUCCUCGACCGGCAGGCCGCGUGGAUCAAGAAGACCAUCGCCUCCUCGUCCUAG